UAUCACCAGAGAUCCAGAAGACUGAUGAAGAAGAAGUUUACAAGUGCUGCAGUGAAUAUCUUCUGAAUAGCUUUGACUUGAGCUUUUGUUGCUCAUGAUGUAUGGCAACGACUCACUCGAACCUAAAGUAUGCAAACUUACAAAUCCAAAGGAACAAUCUUUUGCUCAAAUGGCCAGCCAAAGCACAGUCAAAAUGUUGCAUAUGAGAACUUGUAAAUGUCAAUUACCAUCAUUUGCCACGCAGCAAGUGAUUCCCGAGUAGCGCCUACGGCUCCAGUUUGUACUUGCUCUGUUCAGCACGGCGAUGUUUGUGUGUCCAGAGGUAUGCAAUGCAUGUGCAAAUAUGUCAUUGGCAAAACUGUCCCAGUAAAUACUCAAUCUCAAGUCAUUUGAAUUGAGGAAUCUUGUGUCAUUAUUUUGGGGCCUUUUCACAGGAAUCGGUGGAGAACUCCUUCAUAUGAUGUCAACUUUAUGAUGAUGUCAACAAGAGAAAACUUGAAAGGUGAUGUCAUACAGUAUUGAGCUCCAUGUCGUGCGAGUUAAAAAAAAAAAAAGGGAAAAUUUGGGGGAAAAAAAGGAAUCGAAAUGGAAACUGCGCAGAACUGAGCAAAUAUUUCAAUCAGCACCCUGGGGUUCACAGAGUCUGAAGGAACGAAGAUGUCAAUAACUUCUGUGCGUGUUCAUUCAAGCCGAGGGACUGCUGCAGAUCAAAAUGAGAAAAAGCAAGGCCCAGUCCACCAGGAGAGGAGAGAUCCAGAACCUCUUCAACAAUUACGCGUCAGGCCAGACCACGCUACCUGCCUGCUCCCUGCUCAGCUUCCUCCACAAGGAGCAGCUGGAGCUCGCUGCCGACGAGGGCACGGCCGAGAGUUUGAUCGAGAGAUAUGAAAUUGAGGAGGCAGCCAUAGAAAGUCAGUGCAUGACAUUUGAAGGCUUCCUGCGCUACAUGGAGUCCAAAGACUGCUGCAUCUUCGAUCAGACCCACAAGUCUGUGUACCAAGACAUGGACCAGCCACUCAGCAGCUACUUCAUUUCUUCCUCGCACAACACCUACUUGACAGGAGACCAACUAAUAGGCGAAAGCCACCUGGACGCCUAUGUUUGUGCUCUGAGGAAAGGUUGCCGCUGUCUGGAGAUUGACUGUUGGGAUGGGCCAGGGAUGGAGCCUAUCGUCUACCACGGUUAUACCCUGACCACAAAAAUUCUCUUCAAGGACGUCAUCUCGACUGUGUCACAGUAUGCCUUUGAGGUUUCUGUAUACCCGGUAAUCUUGUCGCUGGAGAACCAUUGUUCCAAGGAGCAGCAGGAAGUCAUGGCCCUCUACCUCACCUCCAUACUAGGGGACAAGCUGCUUGAUCUACGCUUGGAUCACCCAACCACGGGUGACCUCCCCAGCCCAAAUGACCUCAAGUAUAAGAUCCUGAUCAAGAAUAAAAAGCUAAAGCCUCGCGCUAGGAUAGAUGGAGCAUCGGGGACAGAGGACAGUGCAGAUGAGGGCUGGGAGGAGGAGGAAGAGGAGGAGGAGGAGGAAGAGGAGGAUCAACCGAGUAGAUCAAGGUUCUGGUCUCCUAGAAAGGCAGGCUCAAAGAAGAAAAAGAAGAGGGUGGUGGUGGCGGACGCUCUGUCCGACCUCGUCGUAUACACCGUGUCUGUCAAGUUCAUCAGCUUCGGUCACUCCCAAGACAGUCAGAACUCGUGUGAGAACACGUCCAUGGCGGAGAAAAAAGCCCGCAAGCUGGCCAAAGUUUCAGGUAAAGACUUUGUUCUGCACAACCAGAGAUUCCUCAGCAGGAUUUAUCCAGCAGGCUCCAGGACGUCCUCGUCCAACUACAACCCUCAAGAGUUCUGGAACGUCGGCUCGCAGCUCGUGGCACUCAAUUUCCAGUCGCCGGGAUUGCCCAUGGACCUUAAUGAUGGCCGUUUCCAAGACAACGGCGGCUGCGGCUACGUCCUUAAGCCUGCCGUGCUCAUGUCUCGUGAAAGGAGCUUUGAUCCGAGCUGCGGUCAACGCGGCGUUCCACCAACACACUUGCUGCUCAAGGUGAUCUGUGGGUCCAACCUACCAAUUCCGAGAAGUGGCAAGGCUCUCGAUCCUUUUGUCAGAGUUGAUAUUCACGGGAUUGGAUCAGACUGCAACAAAAAAACCACAAACACAGUCAAAAACAACUCUUUGAAUCCUUUCUGGGAUACCGACAUGAACUUCCGCAUCAGCAUUCCCGACCUGUGUCUCAUCCGCUUUUGUGUCCGAGACCAGACCGGCUUUCUGUCAAGUGACUUCGUGGGUCAGUACACGCUGCCCUUCAGCAGCCUGAAGAAAGGCUAUCGCUGGGUACCUCUUCGGUCCCGAGACGGGUGCAACUUGGAUCCAGCCUCUCUUUUCGUUUUUGUCUGGUAUUCCUAAACCGGCUCACACGUACCUAUAGCAAAACACACACACGCCGCCAACAGAGACGAGUGUGGCGGAGCAGCAACAAAAGGAUGCAAAUAAAUCAAAGCAAUUGCAUUUCCUCAGUUAUAAAUAUCAGUUUUAUUGUGUGAAAAUAGAUGUGCUAUAUUCCUGCCAGUGCUGCACGAGGGGGGAAAAAAAAAACAGAACACU